AUGGAUAGCUGUCUGACAAAUCAUCAAUUACUACCUGACAAUUACGUCGUACAGCCAGUUGAAAGCAUACCAGUUUCUUUAAUUGAUUACGACAAAAUUGAUAUGAUAAUUCAUUCUGACCAUCUCACUAAUGACACACCCGAAAUUCAAAGGGAUUUUGAAUUAAGGCAACGACAGGCCGUGUCAAAGGAUUUUACACCCACCAUUGAAAACUCGACAGACCAGUUAUCUCAAAAAUGUAAAAGAAUCUCUGCUUCAAAUUCAUUUUUUGAUGGAGUAAUGCAAUUAAAUUCUAUUCCCAAUGGGAAAAAUUCAGUUUUUAACAUUAAUACCCCUAAAACUCCUGAAAAUGUUAUUUGUCAAAUAUCUCCUUCCGGUCAGCAAAUGACUUUAGAAAAAAAACAAUACAUAAUUCUUUCCGACAAUUCAUCAGUAUUUAAUAUUACAUCUAAAGAUGAGGAAUUUGUUGAUAAAAGUGUAAAUAAUGAAAUUAUAAAAUAUGGCAAUUCUGAAGAAAAAUCCAAUUUAGAACCUGCGCCUGUCAUAAUUCAUAACAGCAUCAUUUCAAGUAAUAAUAACAACAGGAAUAAUGGAAAAAUUAUCGAAUCAGAUUCUGAAAAUGAUGAUGAAGAUAUUGAACCUGUAAAUGAUUAUGAACCUGAUCCUGACACACACACAGUGUUGGUAUCGUCAGAACAUUUAGAGAAACCAAAUAAGUGUUAUGUAUGUUUUAGAAGUUUUAGACAAAAAAAAAAUAUGUAUGCUCACAUUAGAAAAAUUCAUAGCACACAACCUAAAAUUGAAGGAGGUAUUUUAUGUCCAUUGUGUAAAAUGCAUGCUUUAAGGCAGGAACAUUUAAGAAAUCAUUUAGAAUCACUUCAUAAAAUAUCAAUUGAAAAAGAAGAAAAAUUAUUCAACACAAUGGAAGGAGCUACUUGUCCAGCGGCCAUGGAAGUUACUGAAAAUGUAAAUGGAAUUAAUGUAACGUUUUGGAAAACUCACGUUGGACACGAUAAUGAUAUUUCUCACGUGUUGUUUCUAUCGAAAGAUAAAAAAGACAAAAUUUCACCUUCUGCAAUAACUGAACAAUUAUCAACGGGUAUUAUACUGAACAAAACGAAUGACAAUAAUAAUAAAAAAAUUAAUAACAAUAGAAAAAAUGACGUCCAGAAAAAUAGUCCAGAAAUAUUUUUUAACAGGAAAAAAAAUUUACAAGGACGAAAACCUGUAAAAGAAAAAAUGUUGAGAAGAGCAUCGCAAAGUUUAGUCAUAGAAAAAGCUGGUUUACUAUUAAAUCUUUUAGAAACGACGGAUGUCAGACCGGAAUUUCGUCCGAAAAUUUGUCUCAUGAUAGAUAAUUUAAUAUCGACCGUUAAAAGACGAACGGGAAAAGGUUGUUCGAAAAGGGAAAAUAUCGUUAAAAAAUGUCAGAUGUAA